GUUUACGAAAUGCUUGGCUCCUAAAUAUAGUUUUCAAUCUGCAAUUUACAAAUACAUAGCUAGCUAGCUAACAUCAUUGGCUUGGCUAACAAGCUGGUUAGACAAAGUUAGUGGUACUAACAACAUAUGAACAAUGUCACGCUUUAAAAGAGGAGCCAAAGUAGAUUCUAGAGCAGGAUUUAGAACAGAAAAAGAGGAACCGGCUGCUGCUGUCCCUUACGGAUUGUUGAAAACCGCCAGAAAAAGCGGGCAACUCAAUUUGUCUGGACGAGGGCUGACUGAAGGUAACUGUCUGGGAAGAAAGAUUGCCGAGUUUUCAUGAUGAUACAUCAUGAGAAGGGUAUGGUAUUGAUUGGUUGGUUGAUUGAUUGAUGACCACUUGAAUGAAUGAAUGAAUGCACGUAUGCUAAUGCUAACGAUUUUACCACUAUUCUGCACUUGUAGUCCCACAAAGUGUGUGGAGGCUGAACUUAGACACACCUGAGGAGGCCAAACAGAACCUGUCCUUUGGGGCAGAUGAUCGCUGGUGGGACCAGACAGAUCUGACCAAGCUGCUUCUCUCUUCGAACAAGCUAAAAGCUCUGUCAGAGGAUGUCAAGCUGUUGCCAGGCCUUACUGUUUUGGAUGUGGGUAUUCUUUUUUUCUGACGUGUUUUGUGUUGCCUGAUUUAAAAAGUGAUAGACUAGACCCUUUGAAAGCUUGAAUGGAAGGUCUAUGCUCCCAAGAUUUAUGGGAGAAACAUACUUUGAUAAGUUUGAUGUUUACGAUGACCCUCUGACAUUCUAUCCUGUCUUUCCACUUUCCCAAGGUCCAUGAUAAUCAGCUUACCUCUUUACCCACAUCUAUUGGAGUGUUGGAACAUCUUCAGAAACUCAGUCUGAGGUAUGGGAGGAUUUUGCACAUCCUUUAAUGUCAAUUAAAGUUACUCAACAAAUGAGAAAUGCACACAAGGAAAAAGUUCCAUUAUAAAGAAAGAGUAGGUAUUUUUCCUCUAUAGGCCUACAUUUUGCUGAAAUGAUGUUCAUUAUCGUUCUCUGUUGCAGUCACAAUAAACUGAAAGAGUUACCGGAGGAGGUAUGGAGUUUGAAGAACCUCACCUGUCUCCAGCUUCAGCAGAAUCUACUGGAGCAGCUGCCAGAGGGAGUGGGACAACUCACUAACCUGGAUGACAUCGUAAGUUCAGAACUGGGCAUGAAAAACUAUUGAAAAGAACACAACACAAAUGAGAUGUGUCAAUGUAACAAAGUGAUUAUCUUAGAUUAACUCUUUGGAUGAUUGUCGCUAACUUGUUUUUGUAUUGUUGGUGGAAGGAUCUUUCCAACAACCAGCUUACUGCCGUCCCUGACAGUCUUGGAAACUUGAACCAUCUGGUGAAGCUGAACCUCUCCCACAACAAGCUGAAGAGCCUCCCCUCAGGAAUCAGUGUCAUGAAAAGUAAGAGGACAAUGGCAGCAAAUGUUUUGCUUUGUGUGUUGUUCAGUCUUUGUAUUUUACAUUUACAUCAUUUAGCAGACGCUCUUAUCCAGAGCGACUUACAAAUUGGUGCAUUCAACUUAUGAUAGCCAGUGGGACAACCACUUUUUUUCUUCUUUUUUUUUGUGGGGGAGGGGGGGGUAGAAGGAUUUAUUUAUACUAUUCCAGGUAUUCCUUAAAGAGGUAGGGUUUCAAGUGUCUCCAGAAGGUGGUCAGUGACUCCGCUGUCCUGGAGUCGUGGGGGAGCUUGUUCCACCAUUGGGAUGCCAGAGCAGCGAAUAGCUUUGACUGGGCUGAGCGGGAACUGUGCUUCCGUAGAGGUAGGGGAGCUAGCAGGCCAGAGGUGGAUGAAUGUAGUGCCCUCGUUUGGGUGUAGGGUCUGAUCAGAGCCUGAAGGUAAGGAGGUGCCGUUCCCCUCACAGCUCCGUAGGCAAGCACCAUGGUCUUGUAGUAGAUGCGAGCCUCAACUGGAAGCCAGUGGAGUGUGCGGAGGAGCGGGGUGACAUGAGAGAACUUGGGAAGGUCGAACACCAGACGGGCUGCGGCGUUCUGGAUAAGUUGUAGGGGUUUAAUGGCACAGGCAAGGAGCCCAGCCAACAGCGAGUUGCAGUAAUCCAGACGGGAGAUGACAAGUGCCUGGAUUAGGACCUGUGCCGCUUUCUGUGUAAGGUAGGGUCGUACUCUGCGAAUGUUGUAGAGCAUGAACCUGCAGGAUCGGGUCAACGCUUUGAUGUUAGCGGAGAACGACAGGGUGUUGUCCAGGGUCACGCCAAGGUUCUUUGCACUCUGGGAGGAGGACACGAUGGAGUUGUCAACCGUGAUGGCGAGAUCAUGGAGCGGGCAGUCCUUCUCCGGGAGGAAGAGCAGCUCCGUCUUGCCAAGGUUCAGCUUGAGGUGGUGAUCCGACAUCCACACUGAUAUUUCUGCCAGACAUGCAGAGAUGCGAUUUGCCACCUGGUUAUCAGAAGGGGGAAAGGAGAAAAUGUAUUGUGUGUCGUCUGCGUAGCAAUGAUAGGAGAGACCAUGUGAGGAUAUGACAGAGUCAAGUGACUUGGUGUAUAGAGAGAAUAGGAGAGGGCCUAGAACUGUGCCCUGGGGGACAUCAGUGGUGAGAGCACGUGGUGCGGAGACAGAUUCUCGCCACGCCACCUGGUAGGAGCGACCUGUCAGGUAGGACGCAAUCCAAGAGUGAGCAGCGCCGGAGAUGCCCAACUCGGAGAGGGUGGAGAGGAGGAUCUGAUGGUUCACAAUAUCAAAGGCAGCGGAUAGGUCUAGAAGGAUAAGAGCAGAGGAGAGAGUUAGCUUUAGCAGUGCGGAGAGCCUCCGUGACACAGAGAAGAGCAGUCUCAGUUUAAUGACCAGUCUUGAAACCUGACUGGUUUGGAUCAAGUAGGUCAUUCUGAGAGAGAUAGCAGGAGAGUUGGCUAGAGACGGCACGCUCAAGAGUUUUGGAGAGAAAAGAAAGACGGGAUACUGGUCUGUAGUUGUUGACAUCGGAGGGAUCGAGUGUAGGUUUUUUGAGGAGGGGUGCAACUCUCGCUCUCUUGAAGACUGAAGGGACAUGGCCAGCGGUCAAGGAUGAGUUGAUGAGCGGGGUGAGGUAAGGGAGAAGGUCUCCGGAAAUGGUCUGGAGAAGAGAGAAGGGGAUAGGGUCAAGCGGGCAGGUUGUUGGGCGGCCGGCUGUCACAAGUCGCAAGAUUUCAUCUGGAGAGAGAGGGGAGAAAGAAGUCAAAGCAUAGGGUAGGGCAGUGUGAGCAGGACCAGCGGUGUCAUUUGACUUGAUAAAUGAGGAUCGGAUGUCGUCAACCUUCUUUUCAAAAUGGUUGACGAAGUCAUCCACAGAGAGGGAGGAGGGAGGGGGAGGAGGAGGAGGAUUCAGCAGGGAGGAGAAGGUGGCAAAGAGCUUCCUAGGGUUAGAGGCAGAGGCUUGAAAUUUAGAGUGAUAGAAAGUGGCUUUAGCAGCGUAAACAGAGGAAGAGAAUGUAGAGAGGAGGGAGUGAAAAGAUGACAGGUCCGCAGGGAGUCUAGUUUUCCUCCAUUUCCGCUCGGCUGCCCGGAGCCCUCUUCUGUGAGUUCGCAAUGAGUCGUCAAGCCAUGGAGCAGGAGGGGAGGACCGAGCCGGCCGGGAGGAUAGGGGACAUAGAGAGUCAAAAGAUGCAGAAAGGGAGGAGAGGAGGGUUGAGGAGGCAUAAUCAGGAGAUCGGAGGGAGAAGGAUUUAGCAGAGGGAAGAGAUGAUAGGAUGGAAGAGGAGAGCGUAGUGGGAGAGAGAGAGCGAAGGUUGCGACGGCACAUUACCAUCUGAGUAGGGGCAGAGUGAGUAGUGUUGGAGGAGAGCGAGAGAGAAAAGGAUACAAAGUAGUGGUCGGAGACUUGGAGGGGAGUUGCAGUGAUAUUAGUAGAAGAACAGCAUCUAGUAAAGAUGAGGUCAAGCGUAUUGCCUGCCUUGUGAGUAGGGGGGGACAGUGAGAGGGUGAGGUCAAAAGAGGAAAGGAGUGGAAAGAAGUAGGCAGAGAGAAAUGAGUCAAAGACAGAAGUAGGGAGGUUAAAGUCACCCAGAACUGUGAGGGGUGAGCCAUCCUCAGGAAAGGAACUUGUCAAGCUCAUUGAUGAACUCUUCAAGGGAACCUGGAGGGCGAUAAAUGACAAGGAUGUUAAGCUUGAAUGGGCUAGUGACUGUGACGGCAUGGAAUUCAAAUGAGGAGAUAGACAGAUGGGUCAGGGGAUAAAGAGAGAAUGUCCACUUGGGAGAGAUGAGGAUUCCUGUGCCACCGCCGCGCUGACCAGAUGCUCUCGGGGUAUGCGAGAACACAUGGUUAGACGAGAAAAGAGCAGUAGAAGUAGCAGUGUUUUCUGUGGUAAUCCAUGUUUUCGUCAGCGCCAAGAAGUCGAGGGACUGGAGGGUAGCAUAGGCUGAGAUAAACUGCCUUGUUGGCCUUAGAACGGCAGUUCCAGAGGCUGCCGGAGACCUGGAACUCCACGUGGGUCGUGCGCGCAGGGACCACCAGAUUAGAGUGGCAACAGCCACGUGGUGUGAAGCGUUUGUAUGGCCUGUGCAGAGAGGAGAGAACAGGGAUAGACAGACACAUAGUUGACAGGCUACAGAAAAAGGCUACAAUAAUGCAAAGGAGAUCGGAAUGAAAUGAACUAAACAUCUGGGAAAGCGAGAGAGCGGGGCCUCCCUCACUUGGGUUUCACUGAAACACUCAAAUAUAACUCUCCCAACUUCCACUUUAGAAAUUAUAAUUGUUGUAAACUACAGCGGUUCAAUGUUUUCUAGGAAUAGACUCUAACUUAGUUUAUUCAGCUAGCUAACUUACAGUAUUCUUCCGUGAAAACCGUCCAGGGCACCGAAUCCUAUGACGCCAUAGCCAACUAGCAUGCCAGCCUCCAAUAACACGGUUUAGCACCAAUACUCGGUUACAACAAACCACCAGUGUGUUAACACGCCAAGCAGAUCAUUCGUGUCCGUGUCUAACGUUGUCUGUACUGCCUACCUGUUAGAAAUGGAUGCAUCCACUUUAAUAUUCUUGACAUGAACAUGGCUGAAGCAUAACAUCCUGUAUGAACGUCUCCACAGAUUUGAGACUGCUGGACUGCACACACAAUCAGCUUGAGAGCAUACCUCCUGUCUUGUCUCAAAUGGCGUCUCUAGAGCAGCUCUAUCUGAGACACAACAAACUGCGCUUUCUUCCUGAACUGCCCUCCUCAAGGCUCAAGGUAAGGAUACUGAUUGUCAGGUGUCCUUUGAGAAGGAACUUUUGAGUCUCAAUGAGAUCGCCUGUAUGAAUUAAUUGUAAAUAAGUGCCCUAUGCAAACUCUGACAUCUUUCUAUCACCUGUCUGGUAGGAGCUGCAUGUUGGGAAUAACCAGAUUGAGGUGCUGGAGGCAGAGCACCUGAAACACCUGAGCGCUCUGAGUGUAUUGGAGCUGAGGGACAACAAGGUGAAGAGUCUCCCUGAGGAAAUCAAACUACUCCAAGGCCUGGAGCGCUUAGACCUAGUCAACAAUGACAUCAGCAGGUAGGUUUGCCUGAUCUGAUCUCUCCUCAGCGCAUACUGUACUUGGUCCACGUCACAGGUCUAGUGCUGUUAUUCUUAACUAUUUUAUUUAUUAUUUAGUUGAUUUAGCCUCUUUCACCUGUGCACAUAACACAUUUAUACACAGCACAAAUGAAAUACCAACAACACUAACAAGUCAAAACACCCCAAAAUGUCUUGUAGUGUUUAGCUGCCUGGAUAUCUUAUGGCUGUGUUACUGCAUGUCUCCCUUGUAUGUGUGAGCCAGUCUGCCAGCUGCCCUUGCCUUCUUGCCCAAGCUGAAGAUCCUGACCCUAGAGGGCAACCCUCUGAGAGGCAUCCGCAGAGACCUCCUGACUGUGAGUUAGUUAGAACGACAUCUCAUUACCUUCUGGAAGCUACUACAGUUUCACCACUACAAUAUAACCUCAAUUAACCUCAAUGUAGAGUUGCAAUGUAGCCAAUUGCAGUCUGUGAUAGGGUAUGACUUUUGUGUCCUUCACAGAAAGGAACCAAUGAAUUGCUGAAAUACUUGAGGGGUCGAAUAAAAGGUACGAUUAUGUUUUAGUCUUUUUCUGUCUAUGCAGAAGGUUCUCGUAUUCAGUGAAUAGACUGUUUCUAUUUACUUUGCAAGGUUUUGUGGAAAGGCCACUGUUGUAUUACCAGAUUGUCUCAUAUCAUUGGACUGACAUUUUUGUUUUCCAUUUUGAUCUGAAGAGGAUCCAGAUGGCAAAGGAGAUGAGCCUGACACUGCCAUGACUCUGCCCAGUCAGGCAAAGAUCAACGUGCACACCAUUAAAACACUGAAGUCAUUGGACUACAGGUGUGUCAACUAUUAUUUUGUGCCGUGUUUGAAGCUCAGUUUAAGACAUUCUGGGAAAGUUACAAACUCCUCAAACGUUCUACCACAAAUAUAUUGCAUUGCCACAGCAUAAGGAUAGUUGUGAUGUAAUGAAGUGCUGUCAGUAAACUGUUGUGUGUGUGACCCUGGUCCCAGUGAGAAGCAGGUGGCAUGUGUUCCUGAUGAUGUGUUUGAUGCUGUGGGAAGUGAGGCCGUCGCCAGUGUCAACUUCAGCAAGAACCAGCUGGCUGCAGUGCCUCCCAGGUACCCUGCUUAUAAUCAGUGACUUCACACCACAGUCUGGGCCUAUGGGGGAAAAACCCUCAGUGUGAGAAGAAUCACACCACUCAUAAAAGUGUUGAAAGAGAAUGUUGUUGAAAGAGAAUGUUAGCUACAGUAGGACUGUUGUGGUGAUGAUGUUGGAUGAGUUUGCGUGAGUCUCUGCUUGAUCCUCAGGGUUGUGGAGUUGAAGGACUCCGUCUCUGACAUCAACCUGGGCUUCAACAAGCUGACCAGCCUCCCCUUGGAGUUCUGCAUGCUGCAGCAACUGGCACACAUAGACCUCAGGUACAUGAGCACUGCCAAUCAGCCUCCACAGCACAUCUAUCACCUCUACAGCUCAAAUAUCAAAAGGCCUCAUCUUUCCAAAGAAAAGUAGUGUUUGUGUAGCGGAGGUCAGUAAAUCGAGAGGCUAAACCUUUUUUAGACUACGAGGUGUGGAUUUCUGGUAGGAGCUUUGUUUUGAACCUGUCUUAAAUUGGUACGUUUGCUUAAGAUGGUACGUCGGUGCAUGUGAGACAUUUGUAAUAUGCUGUUUUUGGGGCUUUUCCCUCAGAAACAAUCUUUUGACAUCGCUGCCAAUGGAAAUUGAGGCCUUAAUGAAACUGCGGAGCAUCACACUGUCCUUCAACAGGUAAGCACUCAGAUCAUAAAGGGAUGUAUUCAUCGUGCUGUACAUCGAUGAUUGGUAAGAACGGAUUCAAAUUCAUGUCAUAUUUUGACAGGUUUAAAUUGUUCCCGGAUGUGCUGUACCGGGUUCCUAGCCUGGAGACCAUUCUGAUCAGUAAUAACCAGGUGGGAACCAUUGACCCACUGCAGCUCAAAGCUCUGGACAAGCUGUCCACUCUGGACCUGCAGAACAAUGACAUCAUGCAGGUGCCACCUGAACUGGGCAACUGCACCAGCCUGAGGUAGGGACCGGGAUGUGACGCUGGGUUUAGUGGACAAUAUAUGAUGUGACGAAGAUAUAACUGGACAGGAUUUCAAAAAGUGUGGGAGUAUCUGGUUUUAUUUAGAUAGGGGAGGAAGCUACAGGAAUUGUGCUAUUUGGGUCAGGUAUGGUGUUGAAUAGCAAUCAGAAAAGGUAGUGAUCCAUAUAGUUGUGAUUUUGCUCUGAGCUGUUGCUGUCUAGAGGGAAGUAUGUACUUGUAUAUCAAUAUUUUAAGCUGGCUUGAAGCUGGUCUCUUACUAAUUCUCUCGUCUUUCCCUUAGGGCCCUCAUGCUGGAUGGAAAUCCUUUCCGCAACCCCAGAGCAGCCAUUGUAUCCAGAGGAACUGAUGCUGUCCUGGAGUACCUACGAAGCAGGAUCCCUACAUAGUCAACUGCAUUAAAGCCUACAUCACACCAAAUGAGAUAGUUGAGAAAAUACAAUUUUAUGUUUAAUCAGUGUUAGAUGUUUGCCUUGAAACUAACUGCCAUUAUUCUGUAAAAAGUUUCAUGACAUUCGAGCCUGAUGAUUUGAAGUGUAUCUUCUCUUGUUGUUUCAUAUAAAGUAUGAAUGAUUACUACUGGGAGACUGCUGUAACAAUGUUUACAGGAUCUUCUACCAAUGGCAAUAUUUUAAUUCCAUUCCAAACUGACAAGCCUGUCUUAGUGUGGGUUAUUUUUCUCAAUAUGUGGAAAAACAACAGCAAUUCAAGUUUUGCAUUCAAUGUUUCAUAACAUAAUGCAUGGGUUUUAAUUUUGAUUGUAUGGCCAUUGCAAGAUAAUCUGAUACACUUCUACUGAUUGGCCUUGACCUGUUUCAUUCCUCGCUCCAAAUGAGACUUUUAAAAUGUUCUAUAAUUCUCAAAAAUUCAUUUCUAAUGACAUUGAGAUAUUUGUUUUUGUUACAGUACCUAAUAGCCUUAAAAAAAAAAAUCAUCGGUGUUCUUCAGGCACUUUUUAUGUGAGUCACUACUUCUCUGUCUGCAUGCACUCUGUCAUUUUAUUCAUGAAAACUGAUUAAGACAAUUGAACCACGUCUGUGUCAAUGACUCGAAUGACUAUAUGGAUUCAAGUCCAACCACAUUAAAUAUGCACAAGGCAGAUGUGUUUGGUGCUUUGAUCCCUUGUUAUUGUCUGUAUGUUUAUUUUUAAGUGGU